AUGGCAAGCAUUCAACACCCCCAGUCAGCGACUACGGUAUUCCUAGAUCAGCCACCCAGUUGUCUGGAGUUUUGCCCCGAGGCCCCAGACCAUUUCAUCGUGGGCACCUACCUUCUAUCAGAGAACAAAACAGAAGAUGGAGAGGUCCAGCAGUCCAAAACUGGGAGUCUGCAACUAUGGAAAUUAGAUCCUGUUAGCAAAACAUUAUCCCAGAUCCAAAGAAUUGCUGUCCCAUACGCAGUCUUUGACUUGCACUUCCACCCAAGAAACAAGAACCUGUUUGCAAUUGCAACCAGCGUGGGGUCAGUGGCUCUAUUCCAGGUAUCCAACUCCACCACAGGAGACACAUCCGCAACCCCAAGUAUCACCCAACUAUGGACAAAACAAGUCCACGAAGACCCAUCAAUCCCAGCCCUAUUCCUCGCCUGGGCACCGCAAAAUUGGUUCCCCCAGUCAACAGCAGACGGUUUCGCCGUCACAUUCUCAGAUAGCCGGACAGCCGUCUUUGGCACAGAAGGCGAUAUCCUCCAAGAAGAAAGUAUAGCAGAAUGGGGCACAUAUGAAGCCAAACAGAUGAUCGAAGUCUGGUUUGUUGCAUUGUCAACAUAUCCAGGAACCCCAGAUGUCGAGACCCAGAACCGAUCUGCGAUCCCUUUCAUGUUCACGGGUAAUGACUUCGGCUCGCUGCACACCCGCCGGUUCGAUAAUACCACCGACUUGGAUGAUCCAGAUGAGCAUAUCUCGCCUAUGCUGCUUGAGCAUGAUGAUCGAGCUCGUCAUCACACUGCUGGUGUCACUGCUAUCUUGCCUCUUGAUGUUCCCUUGGUCGAUGAUGCCCCGGUUCUUCUGACGGGAUGCUAUGAUGAGACUCUUCGUGUGUACCAUGCUACGCGGAGGGGAGAGGUUCUUGCUGAGGAAGGUCUUGAUGGUGGUGUUUGGCGACUGCAGUUACUGAAUACGACUAAGAUUCCUGGCUCGGAUGACUCGAAUGUAUCCGAGUACCGCUUUUUGGUGCUGGCCAGUUGUAUGCAUGCUGGAACCAGGCUUGUCCAGGUUACGUGCAAGCAUGAAGAUGGAGUCCCGGAUUGGGGGAUUGAGGUUCUGGCGAAGUUCACCGAGCAUGAGAGUAUGAAUUAUGCUAGCGGCGUUUGGGAGGGUGGACAAAAGACAACUCGGUCUUCUGAGGUUUUCCGCGCCAAUUUUGGAAGUCCAUCCAGACGACAGGGACUUCUUCGGAACAUCCAGGUUUGGGGUGUCUACGUUGACUACAAUAACUAG